GUAUAGUACCUUUUAUUUUCAUCGAAUUUUCCAAUCAAACAAGGAAACAGAGACCAAAACGCGUAGCGGCGAACGCGAACAAAAGCUCUCUCUCUCUCUCUGGCCAGCGAUUUGGUCGGGUUUGCUAUUCAGAGUCUUCAUUCUCCAACCACUUUACGGGAAUUUGGGUCGGAGUCGAAUGAGCGAUCACGUGGUGUUGUUGGUGGAUCGCCUGGUCAGACCUGCGAUCGCGCAAUCGGCGACGGAGGCCGCGAUCCCGGUUCCGGCACGCGGCGGGGGAGCCCCGACCGCUGACGCGGCCGGCCCUUCUUCCUCGGCCGCGGAUGAUGGGAGGGUUGAGGAACAUGGAGCGCCCGAUGAAGAAGCGCCGCUUCUUCAGACGGUGGAGUGCCGCAUUUGUCAGGAGGAAGACAACGUCGGGAAUCUCGAGACGCCUUGUGGUUGCAGCGGCAGUUUAAAGUAUGCUCACAGAAAGUGUGUCCAGCACUGGUGCAAUGAGAAAGGAGACACGACUUGUGAGAUCUGUCAUCAGCCUUACCAGCCAGGCUAUACAGCUCCUCCUCCCCCACCUAACUCUGAAGAUACUGCCAUUGAUAUUGGUGGAGGCUGGACGAUUACUGGCACCCCGUUGGAUUUGCAUGAUCCUCGGCUUUUAGCUAUGGCUGAGGCAGAGCGUCAUUUUCUGGAAGCUGAAUAUGAUGAAUAUGCGGCCACAAAUGCCACUGGAGCUGCAUUUUGCCGUUCAGCUGCUUUAAUUUUGAUGGCUCUUCUGCUCUUUCGACAUGCGCUAACCAUGACGGAUUCUGAUGGGGAUGAUGAAACAGCUACCUUUUUCUCUCUUUUCAUGCUUCGGGCUGCUGGAUUUCUAUUACCCUGCUACAUUAUGGCCUGGGCCAUCAGCAUCUUGCAGCGUCGGCGGCAAAGACAGGAGGCUGCUGCUUUAGCUGCGAGUCAAGUUGCUUUCGUACUACAGUCAGGACAACAAAGGGGCUUGCAGUUUACAAUAGCAUCCGCACCGGUGGUGGCUUCACACCAGGAGCCUGCUUAAUGUGUAUAUAGAGUAGACAUUACAUGAAUGAUGGAACUUCAGAAAUUGUUUUUACUUGCAUUUCAUUCUUGCAGCGCAACUGCAUUUUCUUCUGUCCGAAUGAUUCCUUCACUGUUUGAAAAGCCAUGAAGCGUUUUAAGUUAUCACCUUAUUUUCCUUUCCCUGUUUCUGUUGAUGUAUAUAUGUAACAUUUGAAUUUUGCAUUUCUCAGCAUCUGUGGCUGCAGAAACUGUGAUGUCAAGAUCUAUAUUGUUUACCUCUCCAUUGUGCUAACGUUUGUGUGGGCAAAUAAAUCUGCAGCAGUGUUUUAAUA